CUGUGUUUCUUCUUGCCUGACUUUUGGAUGCACGUGAUCCUAUUAUAAGCGAAGCUUUCGGUUGAGCGCCCAUUUCGAAUUCCACGUCUUCGAAUUCCCUCAGGUUCUUCCUCGACCGUCGACUCAGUCAACCUCAAAAUGGCGCCCUCAGAUGAGCUCGAGUACCUCAAGCACCUCGUAGCACAGCUCAACGAGAAAAUUCACGCGCUCGAGGAGAAAGCAAAGGCUGUCGUCCCACCUCGGAAGACACCUGCUCAACAGCUUAGGACUAUCCUAAUGGGCCCUCCUGGUGCUGGGAAAGGAACGCAGGCCCCACGGAUACAUGACGAUUUCUGCGUCUGCCACCUGGCAACGGGUGACAUGCUUCGCGAGCAAAUAGCCAAGAAAACUGAGUUGGGAAGGAUGGCUAAGAAAGUUAUGGAUGCGGGAGAGCUCGUUACGGAUGACAUCAUGGUUAACAUGAUCAAGGACCAGCUCGAGAAUAACAAGGCUUGCAAGAAUGGAUUUGUCUUGGAUGGUUUCCCAAGGACCGUUCCACAGGCCGAGAAACUCGACUCCAUGCUUGACUCUCGCGGUGAAAAGCUUGACAGCGUCGUCGAGUUGCUCAUUGAUGAUCAGCUACUCAUCUCCCGUAUCACCGGCCGUCUCAUUCACCCCGCUUCAGGACGGUCGUAUCACAAAGAAUUCCAUCCGCCUAAAAAGCCCAUGACAGACGAUGAAACCGGCGAACCGCUCAUCCAGCGCUCCGAUGACAAUGUAGAAACGUUGCGGAAGCGUCUUGAUACCUUCCACAAGCAGACUGGCCCCGUUGCAAAGUACUACAAAGCCAGGGGCCUGUGGCACGGUAUCGACGCCGCUCAAAGUCCAAGUGUUGUUUGGGACGACCUGCGCAAAGUGUUCCGGGCCCCACCAGCACAGUCGUAAUAUAUCGCACACUUUUUGGCUCGGCAUACAUAGAUGAUGCGUCACCGACAAUCGUCAUAAUGUCAGACUAUCACCCACCAACCAACCUUGGAGAAGCUGUAAACUCUCAAGUCAGGUAUGUGACAUGCACGAAAGCACAUAAACGACAACUUAAGAUGUAAGCGCAUGCGCACGGUGACCUUAAAUGAGAGAAGUAACGUGGAUCUGCAUCAUGGCCCCUCCACUGGACAUACAUCCUACUCCCGUUGUAAGAUAGCUAACAGCCCAAGACCUUCUAGAAGUGCAUAUUUGAAUUGUGGGAAAUCAUUCUGUGUGGUACUUAGCGUUCGCCUGGUGAGAAAAAUGAAGGUCGCCGCGGUAGAAUGCUGGUUCCAUUGAGCCAAUGUAGAUAUGAGAUGGAUGAAUCGAUACAGUUGGGGUGCAGAGAGACG